AUGUCGCUUCCGUCCACAUACCGCCGCUCCGAGUCAAGCAUGCUCGAGCAUCAAACUUGGUGCAAUCGAGGGUUCGAGCCUACCGAGACGUCCCUCGCCAACAUGGUGAAAGCCCAAGGUCUUGUCCAAAAGUUCAAGGUUACCCAUCUGCUCUCAUAUCUUGGGCGGCUCAAUCCCAUACCGAUUGGCGUGUCGAGAACCGACGCGGUCUGGCUCUUCGAUAAUAUCGCCUUUCGCGGCCCCAACGGUUCAUGGCAGGCAGAGUUCGUGACUGCUGUUUUCGACGCGCGUAUAUCAACCAAGUUUGUUGAGGCUGUAGGCGACAUCGCCGAAAAAGUGGGUCUCUCCAAGGGCGACAAGCAGGAGAAGACGAUUGAGCAGCGCAUUACUCCUUUUCUCAUGGAGGUUCUGCCUGGGAGACGGGUCGAUAUCAAGUUCGGCGAGUCUACCGAGUUGCGGCUGGGUCCUGGAGGCAGGAACGGGAUCAGCAGUGAGCUGAAGAAGCUCCCCGACUCAAGUGCCGGAAAGCCCGAGGGUUGGGCCGUUAUCUCUGAUGUUGAUGACACUAUCAAGAUCACGCAAACGAGUGAUCCUGUGGGAAUCCUACGGUCCACAUUUGUGGCAGAGCCAACACCAAUUGCAGGCAUGCCAGAGCUAUACUGGAAAAUUAAGGACAUAGUGACGCCGUCUGCACCGUGGUUCUACCUGUCGGCAUCGCCAUACAACCUCUACCCCUUCCUUCGGGAUUUCACUCACCGUUACUAUCCCCGGGGCCAGCUGAUCUUGCGAGAUGCCAGUUGGAUGACCAUUCCAGGGUUGCUCUCCAAUCUCACGCUUGGAACCCAAAGGUACAAGGUCGAUCGCAUGAAGAAGCUGUACGAGUGGCUGCCAAAGAAGAAAAUGAUCUGUAUAGGCGAUUCAACGCAAAGCGACCCCGAAGCAUAUGGCGAGAUGUAUAGGAAGCAUCCAGAGUGGAUCAAGCUGAUUCUCAUCCGGAAAGUUGCCGAUAUUGCGGCUAUCGGUACGGAAGCUAAGAAUGCUGCCAAGCGGUUCGAGGACGCGUUUAAGGGUGUCCCAAGAGAGGUGUGGCAUGUGUUUGAGGAUCCUGCCGAGUGCCCUUACGGCACCCGUUCUCAUCAUGAUCUUUCCUCGGACGAGUGUCAGUUGCGUCUGAUCACGGCGGUAUGCAAGGUCCAAUUCUCAUACUUUGGUUCGUGUGUUUUGGUCGUGUGCAAUUCGUGCGAGACCUGCUGUGAUACCUGCCUUGUUGAUCUCGCAAGAUCUACUCUAGAGGUGGUAGCCUUUCUCACCACUACAAUUGCUCCUACUUCGUCGUCCACAGCUGAAAGGGUCAAGAUGUCGUCCGAAGGUGCAGCAGCAAAGCGACAGAGGUCCAACAAGGAUGUGCCCUACAACCUCAUCUACUGGCCAGGAAUUCCCGGCCGCGGAGAGUUCAUCCGGCUUACCCUCGAGGAAGCCGGUGCUGAGUACAUCGACACGGCCCAGGUCGAGGGAGGCAUCGACGAGGUGAUGGCUUAUGUUAAGGGCGAGAAACCCGACGACGAUACCAACCCUCCCAUCUUUGCGCCGCCCAUUCUCAAGCACGGUGACCUUGUCAUCAGCCAGACGCCCAAUAUUUUGCUGUAUCUAGGCCCGCGAUUGGGUCUCGUACCCGGUGUUGAGGACGAUCCGGAUGCUCUGUACAAGGUCAAUGAGCUGGCACUUACGGCGCUGGAUGGAUUGAGCAACGAGCCGCACGACUGCCAUCACCCUAUUGCGUCGGAGCUGUAUUACGAGGACCAAAAGGAAGAGGCCAAACGGAAGGUCGAGCAUUACGUCAAGACACGGUUACCCAAGUUUCUCGGUUACUUCGAAAGAGUCCUCAACUCCAAGGCCAGCGGUGAGGGCCCUUACCUCUACGCAGGCAAGCUGUCAUAUGCGGACUUGGUCCUAUUCCAGUGUCUGGAUGGCCUCAAGUUCAUGUUCCCCAAGGCUAUGUCGAAGUUGAACAAGGAGGGUAAACAUUUGAAGCUAUUUGAGCUGUACGAUGCUGUCGGGCAAAGACCCAAGAUCAAGGAAUACCUUGGGGGUCCUCGUCGGCAGAAGUACAGCAGUGGCCUCUAUCGUUACUAUGAGGAGUUUGACAUUGAAGGCUGA